AUGUCGACCACCCUGUUCCGUGGGUCAUGCGGAAAACGGCAACGGCAGCUCGUAGAGACGGCCGCAAGCUGCCAACCCGGAGGCCGUCGCAUCUUCGUCAUCGACCAAAUCACGAAGCAGCGGUUCCUUGUCGACAGCGGUUCCAACAUUUGCUGCUACCCGCGAUCCCAUCUUCAAGGUGCUCGUUCGCCUACGUCUUUCGAGCUCAGUGCGGCAAACCGCUCGACAAUCAAGACGUACGGCUCGCUCCGCCUGCACAUCCAGCUCAGAAACCUACGCCAUGACCUUCACUGGAACUUUGUCGUCGCCGAGCCAAUCAUCGGCUCAGACUUUCUCGCCCACUACAACCUCCUUCCGAACUGCCGCAACGACCUCCUCAUCGACGCGACAACGGGACACUCCACACCAGGCCAGCGAACGACCGCCCUACAGCUAAGUAUCAAGCGGACGCGCCCCAGCGGAGUGCAGCACACCACCGUGCACUACAUCCGGACCACUUCAGGCCCCCCGGUUUUCUGCCGCGCCCGUCGCCUUUCCCCGGACCGCAUGCACAUAGCCAAUGCAGAGUUCGAAGCCAUGCUCCGCGAAGGAAUCGCCCGCUGCUCUGACAGUCCAUGGGCCUCGCCACUCCACUUUGUGCCAAAGAAGACCGAAGGCUGGCGCCCCUGUGGGGACUACGGUGCCCUAAACGCGCGCACCAUCCCGGACAGGUACCCCGUCCACCACAUACAGGACUUCGCCCAUCGCAUUCAUGGCUGCCACGUGUUCUCCGUGCAAGACUUGGUGAAGGCCUACACACAGAUACACGUCAUUCCGGAUGACGUCCCGAAAACGGCAAUCAUCACUCCCUUUGGCUUGUUCGAGUUUCCCUUCAUGAGCUUCGGCCUGAGGAACGCUGGACAAACCUUUCAGCGCUUCAUCGACGAAGUCGUCCGCGGCCUCGACUUGUGCUUCGUUUACCUGGACGACGUACAGACUACGGACGCCGAACUGCAGGAACUUCUCAAGGGCAUGUCCUCUCUACAGCUGCAACAAGUUCCCAUUCCAGGGUCGACAACCACCAUCUGUUGA